UUUGUCCCAUAUUAAUGAAUAAAAGUAUUUUUAUUGCAAGAUGCCAAAUAAUAGUUGUAAUUUACUAAAUUUGCUAUCAUCGUUCAUGCCUGGAUACAUUUUUGACUUCUUUCAACUACCAAAGCAACAAGAGAAUUUCUUUGCCUUCUUUAUCAGUUUCUGUAAUUUUGUAGGUGCUUCUCCAAUGAAAUGUUAUGGGUGAAGUUUAUUUUGAUCGAACUCUAUGUCCUCAGUCCACAUUUGGGUCUCGAUCUCAUCGUAGUUCUAUUUGAAACAAUCUCAAUCUGAAUAUCAGACUGAAAAUGUAGAUUAACAUUUUCGAUUGAACAAUCAAACUGUUAAUGAAUACCCAAAGAGCUUUAGCUUGACCCAUUCGAUUUGUUAAGUGUAUCUCCGAGGAUUCUAAAGGAAGUCCUCGGAGGUACACUUAACAAAUCUUCUGAAUCUUCCGGAUGUCGGGGAUUCUCCUAAGAAUCGGGCAGAAAUUCACUUCUUUCUGGAUUCUCCGAUUGUCGAUGAUGGUUCAGUGAUUCGGGCUAAUUCCACUGACUUCUGGAUAUUUUGGAUUGACUGUGGGAUGAAAUAACAUUUGUUCAUCUCUUAUAGCCCAUUAGUGACCAGUGGAUAAAACUCACGGUUUUAUCCACUUAGUCAUUCCAUUCGGGUUGCAGGUUUGCACCUGACCAACCGGCUGGCCAUGUGGAAACCGGGAAAACAGGAAGACAAAAAUCAGUUUAAUAUUUAAGUAAAGAUCUUCAAAUAUAUAAAGGAAAAGGUGUGUAUAAAAAUUAUAUAUUAGAUAAAAAAGCAAUUCAAACAAAUAAAAAAAUAAGUAGAUUAAUUAAGUUUUUUAAAGAUAAACAAAUUUCUAUUAUAAAAGCAGAUAAAUCUUAUGCACUUAUCAUUAUUAAAAAUUCAGAUUUACAACAAAAGAAAAGACAAAUAGUAACUACAGAUGAAUAUGAAGUUUUACCUAGUGAUCCAACAGAAGAUAUUAAAAAGAAACUGAUUAAAUUAAUGAAAACAUAUAGAAAAGAAUUUACAAGUAAUGAAUUUAAGAAGAUCGUCAAUUUUAAUAAUGUACGUAUUCCACAACUUAAUAUUCGACUUAAAACCCACAAGAUUGGACAGAUUUUUAGACCUUUAGUAGAUUUUAAAUAUUCAGUAUUGUAUAAUUUAGAAUAUUAUAUAAAAAAUUAUUUGCAGUGUAUCCCCGACUCUAAAUAUACUAUAAAAAAUGCAGAUCAAUUGAUCUCAAGAUUAAUGCAAGGUCAAAGUAAAGACACUUAUAGAUUUUUAAGUCUGGAUAUAAAAUCUAUGUAUCCUUCAAUAAAUUGGAAUUUUAUUAUGGAAAGUUUAAGUAAAUAUGAUUUACCUUGUUAUAUCUUAGAAUUUAUUCAGUUUACUUUUAAAAAUAAUUACUUUAAAAUAUCUACAGAAUAUUAUCGCCAAAGAGACGGGAUCGCAAUGGGAUCAGUAAUUGGCCCAAAGCUUGCCGAUAUUUGUAUGGCAUCAAUAGAUGAAAAAAUCUUCCAGUACCAAGGUAUUGUUUUUUAUACUAGAUAUGUGGAUGACAUAUUAGUUUUGUACGACUCAAAUAACGUUACAGCUGAAAAUAUCAAGGAUUAUGCAAAUAGUUUAAAUAAGAACAUUAAAUUUACUUAUGAAGAAGAAAAAAAUUAUGAAAUUAAUUAUUUAGAUGUAAUAAUCACAAGAAAAAAUGAAACAUUGCUGUUCCGAAAAUACGAAAAAAUAUGUAAUAAUAAUAAGGUGAUUAAUUACAAGUCAUAUUCUUCUAUAGGAAUAAAAAGAAAUGUUUUUUUGAUGGAAUUAAAGAAAAUAUUUAAUAGAACAACUUUAAAAAAAUAUAUUGAAAUUGAAACUAAGAAUCUUUUUAAAAAAUAUUUAUUGAAUGACUAUCCACAACAGCUUAUACCAAAUGAAAAACAAUCGAAGAAUCCUUUAGAAGUUGCAGAAGUCGUAUAUGAAUUGAUGUGUACGUGCACAGAACGGAAAAGCUACGUUGGAGAAACAGGAAGAAAACUGGAAGUGAGGCUAAAGGAGCAUGAGGCGGCAAUUCGAUUGAACAGAACUGAAUCCCCGUGGCAACAACACUGCAGUAUUAAAAAUUGUCUUAUUGAUCGUAGUAAUAUUAAAAUUUUGUAUAAAGAAAAAAAUUUUGUAAAAAGACGCAUCAUAGAACAUUACUGUAUUAAAGAACAUGCAAAUUGUAUAAAUUUAAAUACCGGAGCAUAUGUCGAUGCAUGCUGGGAUAACUUGAUAAACUAUAAUAGUACUGGCAACUUGACAGUGUAAUAUCUACUGAAGAGGCUAAAAU